UGGGGCUCCCGAGUGGGUCAGCGGGGCUAGGGCCGAGGGCAGGCGGCAAUGUCUGUGGAGAAAGAGGUUCCGUUCAAGGCUUCACACCCGAGCGCCAAAGUGCGGAGUAAGCAGUUUAGGGGCCCGCGGGGACGCAGUAAGGCCCGGGCACGGGGCGCUCGGAGCAAGGCCAAGGCCCCCGUCCACAGGCGAUCGCCACCAGAGCCGCUCUGCAAGAAGGCGCCAGUACGAGAGAAGGAGAAGGUGUGGGCGCCCUGGAACGGGCUCGUCGUGAUUGGAAAGAGAGUGGAACUCUUGGACAGAAACCUGCAAAAGUCCAAACUGUGGGACCCCAAGUUGGAAUCUGAGAACUGGAAGCUGGAAGUUGUGGGGAAGAAGAUCUCGAAAGAGAGAUCGACACAAAGGGUGGACACAAAGCUCCCGAACAAUGGAAGAAGGACAUCACAGGCUCCAGCAAGUCUGGAGGAGGACAGCUCAGAGAUUUGGAGACAGCAAGAGAACAGACUCAAAACCGGAUCUGUAUCUAAGAGUGCAGAGAUGACAGAGUCUGAAGAAAGGUUGAAGUCUAAGGACAAGUUGAGGACCAGUGGAGGGGACUUGAGGUCCAGAGGGGAUCAACUGAGGCAGAGUGAGGAGUUGGAGACAAGUGGAGAGAACUUGAUGCACAAGAGAGAGAAACGGCUUUCCUCAGGAGAGAAGCGGAGGUCUGUUGUAGAGAAAACAGACAGUAAGGAGAAACGAGGGUCCAUCAGAAAGAAGGCCUCCGACAGUGGAGAGAAACGGGGUUCCAUCAGAGAGAAGGCCUCCGACAGUGGGGAGAAACGGGGUUCCAUCAGAGAGAAGGCGUCGGACAGCGGAGAGAAACGGGGAUCCAUCAGAGAGAAGGCCUCCGACGGUGGAGAGAAACGAGGAUCCCUCAGAGAGAAGGCCUCCGACGGUGGAGAGAAACGGGGAUCCCUCGGAGAGAAGGCCUCCGACGGUGGAGAGAAACGGGGGUCCAUCAGAAAGAAGGCCUCAGACAGUGGAGAGAAACGAGGGUCCAUCAGAAAGAAGGCCUCAGACAGUGGAGAGAAACGGGGAUCCCUCAGAGAGAAGGUCUCAGACAGUGGAGAGAAACGAGGGUCCCUCAGAGAGAAGGCCUCCGACAGUGGAGAGAAACGGGGAUCCCUCAGAGAGAAGGUCUCUGACAGUGGAGAGAAACGGGGAUCCCUCAGAGAGAAGGUCUCAGACAGUGGAGAGAAACGGGGAUCCCUCAGAGAGAAGGUCUCAGACAGUGGAGAGAAACGGGGGUCCCUCAGAGAGAAGGUCUCAGACAGUGGAGAGAAACGGGGGUCCCUCAGAGAGAAGGUGAGGUCAAGUGAUGAAAAGAGGUUGAGCAGAGAGAAAUUAAGGUCCAGUGGAGAGAAGCUAAGGACUGGUAAAAAUUCGAGAUCCACCGAAGAUCAAGUGGAGUCAAAUAUUGAGAAAGUACAAUCCAGCGAGAUGAAACUGGAAGAGCCAUCACUAACGGGAAGUGCAAGUGUGGAAGAGCAUUCACUAACCGGAAGUACAGCCGAAGAGGCUCCUGAAAGAGUGAUAAAUGUUACUGGUGAUGAAAGUAUGAUGGAAAAUAUGAGUCAGGAAAUGCAAAUUCCUUCUGAAAGUGUAGAAGGGCGAGAUGAAGGAGCAGAGAAAGGGGUGGAAAUGGAUAAUGUCGUGGUGGAUGAAAUGGAAGACACUGCUGAUGAAUCUGUUCCUGUGGAAGAGAAAGACACAGCUGGAGAGGGCUCCCGGGAGUCAGGUGGAUGAAGAAUCGAAUGUAAAGAAGGAGACUGGGGAAGUAUUGAAAGUCAAGAGAAGCUAGAACAAAGCAAAACUUUGUGGAUCCAGGGUAAAUAUGAGGGAGGAUUCUGGACCUGAGAGGAGCAUGGGGAUGAUCAGAAUUGUGGGUGUGGAGGCCAAGCUGAUACCAAUGGAAAGGAAGAGUGAGAAGGAGGAAAAUGGGAACACUUUAAAGGAGAAAACGGUGUGGGAAUGAAUGUAGUAGAAGGAAACUGCUUCAGUCUUGAAGAACCGUUGGAGAAAUGAGUCAGAGUGGGCUGGGGUGGGCAGAUGGACAUGGUCAGGCAUAGGGGAUGUAGGAGGAUGUAAAAAAGCAGAUAAAGGAUGGACACGGAGGGCUGUGGAGAAGCAGCAAACGGGUGAGGUGUCUGAUGCAGACACCAGAACCCAAGGGGCUCCUGCAGUGAAACAAACGGGAAGAGGAGUGACAAAUUAAAGUGAAGGAACCAAGAAGCCACUUCCUGCCACGGCAUUUAGACCUAUGUCUACCUGAGACCAUCAUUUGAAGAUUCCUCUGGUGACUCUCUGUGAGCUGAGGUAUUGUCAUCUCUUUAAAAGACACUUUCUUGGGCACAAGAUCAAGACAGCAUUUGCCCUUGUAUGGGAAAUGAACAACACAUCAGGAUAUACAGAUUCUGACCAAAUUAUCAGCUUUCUGUUAUUUGGCUGGCAGGAUAACCAAACACACCAGUGGAAAAAGACCCAGUCCCUCAGAGGAGCCACUCAGUCCAAAGGCAUUUGGAAAACAGAAGACAACAGAGAUGCUUUAUUAACCAUCAGACAGGCUCCCUCUCAAAGUUUCUGCUCCCAGCUCCCAGCUCCCAGCUGUGUCCUCAGCAAAGCUGAAGGAGUGACUCUGCCCUGGGAGAAGACUCUGGAAGCUCGUGCCAGACAGAGGAAGGCUGAAGUGACAGUCAAGUGCAGUCCCUAGGUCAGGCCCACAACACAGCGCCCUCAGUGCAUGAACUGUGGGAAAGACCCGGCUCCAGUGGGCCACCUAACUUACAGGAGGGAACUGAGUCCUGUAACUUCUACCCACAGGUCUUUCUCUUCAUUCAACCAAUGAGGGAAAAUCUUCCAAGAGCUUAUUUCCCACCCCGGGGCAGUCCUGAGAGAGGGAACAACUGUUGGCGUGUCUCCUCAUCAAGACAGCAGUAGUAGGUGGCAGCGACCACAGAGGCCCCCUAUCUACUCGAUGGGACAGGCUGUGGGACCAGGUCUCUGGUCUUGUGUCCCUCAGAUCUGUUCUGGAAAAAAAAAAAUCUCUAGAACCCUAGGAAGUCUUAAUGAUUUGAACAAGCAGAAUAUCUUUGUCCUCUGUGAAAGUCAACAUAUGAUCUGUUACUGAUUGGGAUGUGAAAUAAAACUAAAAAUAACAGCACUCUA